AAUCAGGAACAUGACCGUGUCUGCUGUGGAAAUGGGACUUACAGAAAACGAAAAAUCUUUGGAAUGUCUCAAACAUUUCCAAAUGAGAAUGGCACAGCUCGAUAAUGCGUUUCAAAAUAUUUCGAUCUAUGUCCGCGACGAUUUCGGUCCAGGGGGCUUCUAUGGGGAAGUAAAGGCGGAACUGCAGAAGAGGAUCAACGGUUCUUCUGUGGACUUAUCAAAAACGAUUUCCACGCUUGGUAUCACCGAAUUAUUAAAAUGGAACCAAACGGUGCCAACCUACAAGGAGCAAAUGGAGUUUAUUGAGCAUUUAUUCACGGUCCUGACGCAAAAGAUUGGGAAAGCCACCGAAAUAGUGAAAGGUAUGGAGAGGUACCUGGAGGAGGACAAAAUCUAUCUUCACAGACUCCGAGGACAUAUUGAAAAUGCCAACAAUGAAAAAAACAUAUUGUUGUCUGAUGUUGCUCUUCUGCGCGUCCGAUUUAUUCCGGCUAUCAAACAUCUAAAGGAUAUUUGCGCCGAGUACGUGAACUGGCACGGAUUCGAUAAUCCCUUUUAUCAGAAGAUCAGUUCCAGAACUCGUCGUUCAGCCUCCACAUUCUACGAAAGCGAACCAUCGCCCGCUUAAAUAUCAAUUGUUAAUUAUAAACAAUUGUUAAUUAAUUAUAUAAGCAAUAUACAAUUGUUAAUUAUA